AGGCUCAGUUUUUUCAACUUGCAGGCAGUUGCCCAUUAAAAAGCUGUCAUCUUCACUCUAUAAAUUGUAACUUGGCAGAAAUUUUUUGAUCAUCUGAACAUCUUUCUUCUGGACGGUGCCGGAUUCCAACGGGUGGGGUGGCUUGGCCUAAAACUCCCCCCAUCGGGGUCUUCGGCUGUCUGUCUGCUGGAAUAGACUGGGGGUCUGAACCAACUAUUUUUUGGUGCUACCCUGUUCCUCUGUACAAGACAUACAGAACAAGCGAGACGAAAACUUGAAGCUUCUAAUUCUUUCUGGUUGGUCUUUUAUGAGAAGAAAUUUUUUUGCUAUGUAUGGUGUGUAUUGUAUGGAUUAUCAAUAUCCAGUUGUCCAGGGUAACCAGGAGCCAACAGCCACUCCUGACGCCAUGGUUCAGCCAUUUACCACCAUCCCAUUUCCACCACCUCCACAGAAUGGAAUUCCCACCGAGUAUGGGGUACCACACACUCAGGACUACGCAGGCCAGACCAGUGAGCAUAACCUGACGCUUUACGGAGGUACACAAACGCAUGGAGAACAGAAUACUAACACCGCCAGCACGCAGAAUGGAGCUCUGACGCAGACAGAAGGAGGGGCACAGACAGACGGACAGCAGUCACAGACACAGAGUAGUGAGAAUACUGAGAGUAAAUCUACCCCUAAAAGACUACAUGUCUCCAACAUCCCCUUCCGAUUCCGGGACCCUGAUCUCCGGCAGAUGUUUGGGCAGUUUGGCAAAAUCCUUGAUGUAGAAAUAAUCUUUAAUGAACGUGGCUCCAAGGGAUUCGGGUUCGUAACUUUCGAGAAUAGUGCUGAUGCAGACAGGGCCAGGGAGAAAUUACACGGCACCGUGGUAGAGGGCCGUAAAAUCGAGGUGAAUAACGCAACUGCACGCGUAAUGACCAAUAAGAAGAUGGUCACACCAUAUGCAAACGGUUGGAAGCUGAGCCCAGUGGUUGGAGCAGUCUAUGGCCCUGAGUUAUAUGCAGCAGCCUCCAGUUUUCAAGCAGAUGUCUCGCUAGGCAAUGAUGCAGCAGUGCCCCUGUCGGGAAGGGGGGGGAUCAACACUUACAUCCCGCUCAUCAUUCCUGGCUUCCCUUACCCCACUGCAGCCACCACGGCAGCCGCAUUCAGAGGAGCCCACCUAAGGGGCCGAGGGCGGACGGUGUAUGGUGCAGUCCGAGCGGUACCUCCAACGGCCAUCCCCGCCUACCCAGGAAUAGUCUUACAGGAACCAAUCAUUAGCGCUAAAAUACCUCAGGGUGGAUAUGCAGCCUACAGAUAUGCACAACCUGCUACCGCGACAGCAGCUACCGCCGCUGCCGCCGCUGCAGCCGCUUACAGCGACGGUUAUGGCAGGGUUUAUACAGCAGACCCCUACCAUGCCCUUGCCCCUGCCGCUAGCUACGGAGUUGGCGCUGUGGCGAGUUUGUACCGAGGUGGCUACAGCCGAUUUGCCCCCUACUGAAGUGACGUGACCCCGCAGACGGGACAGCCCCCUGUUCAUGAGGCCUGGCUAUUGCAAUAUGUACUCCUAGAGGAACUCUAUAGCAAGACGAAGAGGAAAAAGAAAAAAAACAAAAACACACAAAAACACAAAAAAAGAGAAAAUACUUUUUUAUACCUCACUAUGUUCUUUGAAUAUGUAUUUUUCCUUUAAAUUUCUGCCUUUAAUUCUUUUGUUCCAAAGAUUGUGCAUUUUUCUUUUUUUUUUUUAACUGUGGUAAAAAAAAAAAAAACGAUGCAUUUCCAUGUCUGUAUGUCCGUGCGUAGCUUAUUCUGCCAGUCACGGAAGAGGCAGUUAAUGAGGAAAGAAAGAUUUUAGAAAGUGACCCGUUCAAUGAAUCAGAAGUGAACAGGCAGAAUUACCGAAGCGAGCCACUGUGGGACUGGCCAAUGGGGGAAGAGGUUCUUUUCCCUCCUCUCCCCGACUCUUAGCCUUUUGUGUUUCUGGUCUUUGGUGCCCGUCUGAGGGGCUGUGGCCAGAAGGCACACGCUGAAGGGGCGGCGGGGAGGAGAGGAGCAGAGAUACUUUCCUCUCUCCUCUUCCCUUCUCCUGUUUCUCCAUUCAGUGCUGAUGGAUAUCCGAUGAUAACCAGAACCGUUUCUGAGAAUGCACAGACGAGGCUGAUUGGCACCGAGAUCACCAAACCUGCCCUAGGCUGUGGGGAAAAAACCCUCAUUAGGAAACAUCUUAGAACGAACUCUGGAGUGUGGACGCUGUUCUUUUUCUCUUUCCUUUCCUGUAAUCCUGGCAGUGCUACUGGGCUUAUUCCACUUUCUACUUUUGCCUCGGUUCAGCUCAUCCAUCUCCUUCUCUUAAACCCUUGCUUCCAUGUUCACCAAUACCAGGAAUUUAGGGCCCAGGGACGAAGGACUAGGCAUUGGCCUCUGUGUGUUAAAUCCAGGAAUGUGAGGGUUAGUGUGGUCACUUCAUGGCUGCCUUCAAAAGGGGCUGGAAGGGAAGAGCUAGAAGAAAAAGACAGCAAGAUUGCUCUGAUUGAAGACUCUCAUUCAGAGAGAAUCCUGCCUCGCUGCCCUCGCCACCUCUUCUAUUAAGUCAGAAAAGUAAUGUGUUGGAAAAGAUGAAGCACAAGAUGUCACGGGCCAACAAGAUGUUCCUGGAGCCCCCUCGGGUAAAUAGGGCCUGUGAAGGGCAGGCCGGGGCACUUUGUGUAAGUUCUAAAGCCAUAGGAAUUUCCAUCUUCCAGAGCCUUUAGGAGUGAGUCACUUGAAUCCACAGUCUCAAGUCUUGGUGGCCAUUCCCCCAUCCUUUCAGUAUCCCCCAAAGACACAGAACCAAGCACCUGGACUGCUUGGUGAGCAUUAACACUACAGGAUGUCCACUUUGGCCCCCAGAGUUUCUUCCUUCUUUCCAGUGGGCAAGGAAGACUUCUAAGAGCAGGGAUCUUGCAUGUUGCCAGGAAAAAGGGGUCCGGUGACCAUUGGCAGAAGCGUGUUGUUCUUGAUAUCUGGUCUCAGUUGGACAAAUUAUACCGGUCAGGUGGGAAAGUUUCCCUUCCAGCUGUCAGCUAACUAACCAGUGAUGUUAAGUGCUCGGCAGCAUUCUCUAACUGUAAGGCAUUAGUGAAAUAGGAAAGAUCAUGGUCUGUCAGAUGACUCCCAAGCCUUCUCCCAGUGGUACUAGGGUGACUUUUCACCCAAGAGGAAGGCCACACAAGGGAGCAGUUCAGAGGUGGAGUUCCUUGGUUUGUGUUUUGGCUCCUGCUACCACACAGGCUGUUAGCUAACCGUGUCCCUGAAGUCAGACAAGGCUGCUGUGGGCCAGCACCCUCGGUGGGCAGAAUUAUCUGGCUGGUUCUCUGGCCAUCCAAAGCACAACAUGGGCCUUGGUUCUCCUUCAAACUCUCCUCCCUCCUAGGCUCUUCCUAGGAGAAGAGCAGCCAGGGAUGUGCAGAGCAUGGGAGAGGCCUAAGGGCUAUUCCUAAUUCUUUGCAGGAAGAGAUAGAACUAGAGGACACCAAACUGCCAGUCCAUUGGCCACUUUCUUUUUUUAGGUUGGUUUGUUGUUGUGGGUUUUUUUUUUCCCAAGCCAAAGUUUGGUUUGCUCUUAAGAUGAUUUUUGUUGUGUGUAUAUAAAUCUUUUAGUUAGACUGAAAAUCGGGAGGGGGGACAGGGGCUUUUACAAACUCUAGAGAAUGGGAAAGUGGGUUUUGUUUUAUUUCUUUUGACUUUUUUUUUGAAGGGGAGCAUUUACUGAUGAAAGCAGAUGUCUGAGAGCAAUCUGAUGUCAUGUUUGGUCCAAUGUCAUUUCCACCAAAUGCCCUUUGGAGCUGAGACUAGGCCAAGAUCCCAAAUACUGCAGCAGUAGUAGCAGCCUGAAAGGGCAGGGUAUAAAGAGGCUUCUCCCUACAUCUCAUUCCUGGGAAGAGAAGGGACAUGGUGGCAAAAGUAGAGGACCCAGUUCCCAGGGACAGCAGUUUGAGCCAACAUUCUCCCCUCCGCCUUUCAGUUCAGCUGGUUCUGGCUGUAGGCUCCAGAAGGCCGGACUCUGUCUCCUUAGUGGGUUUGUGUUGUAUUCAGAUAGCCCUUUGAGCAACUCUUCCUGCUCACUUCCCAAGAAAGACCGGCGGAGCUCAGCUCCGUGUGCUGGUCUUCCUCUCCUUGUUCUAGGUGGGGCUAGAGAACUGAGGCCCUGCCUCUCCCCAGGGCAUCUGGGCUUCACUUGCAACUACCUUCCCCACUUGAGAGAGGCAGUGGUCCAGCUCCGACCUUGGGCUUUCUAGAGGCAGGUACCUCAAACACUCGUGGUGGGCCCGCUUUCCUCUUCUCAUUUGAUUUUUUUAAAAAGAAAGUCAGAGAAGGACGAGGGUUUGGAUCCUCGCUCAGCCUGUUAAAGGAGGUCUUCCUCGAGCCCUUCUUUGUGGAUACGUUCUACCUGAAUGAGUGACAGCCUCCCUCAAUAGCUCUUGGUCCAGACUUUGUAAGUUAAGCCUCCCUCCACUGUUUUCCUCUGGCAGUUGGAUGAUUCCAUAGGGUUCCUCUAGUGAAACCCAUGACAGAUCCCAUGAGACCCUGUCUGUCCCUCCCGCCUUCCUUCCUUCCCUCUCUGCUCCUAGUCCUUCCCAAACUCCCUGUGGGACUUUGGACCAUUCAGAUUCGCCUAGGUUUAGUCAUGUGGCAUCUGGCCUUCUCGAAGGUGGUUGUGGUUGCAGAAUGCAAAAGAAAAGCAUUGUGUUCUAGCCAGCAACAACUAGCCCAGUUGAGCCAACCUUUGGGGGUUCAGUUCUUGAGACAGGCAGCACCUGAGCCGAGAUCUCCUGGGAAGGGAAGGUCAGCGUUAUCUGCAUGCCUCUUCCCUGUGGGGUCUGCUAUUCUCAAUGAGUCAGAGGAAGUGAAUGAGUCAAAGUUCAUUAGGGGCAUCCUAUUGCUUCUUAGUUGUACUAAGCAGCCUCUAAAAGCAAGGGGCGUAAAAAUGGGGCUUGGAACUUAUAAUUCUCAAGAAUAUGCAAAUAGGGCAUAAUAAAUUCCCCUUCCCUCUGCCCAGGGUAAAGAGGCCGGUGGGAGACAGUCUGGGGAGCGCCAGGAAUCCAGGAAGGGAGGGGGCUGGGGGGAGGAAGGAGCCUACAGAGCCCUCCCCUUUUGCUGGGCUCAGCUCCAAAGAGGGGAAGCUGGGCCGCUUGCUGCCUUUGGCAGACCUCUAGCUCAGAGCCCUUUGAAGGAUGGGGUUUUUCCCCUGGAUGCUGGAGGAAAGGAAGUUGGGGGGGAGGGGGCGGGGGGGGGAUUGGGUGGUGGUGGUUUUAAAGCGUAUGUUACCUGUUUGCACUGUUUUAAAAUAGGAAAAAAAAUAGUGGACAAGGUAAACGUCAAAUGUAAACUUCUGUGUGUCUUUAUUUUUCUGUCAUGCUCUUGGAAAUGUUGACCAUUUGUAGUAUACACCAGUGAAACUUGAUUCUCGAUUGCAUAAAACACUAUUUUUUUGGCUCUGUUACUGUCCAAAAGCCCCUCUUCACUGCCCCCUCCCCCAUCCUUGAGAGUGCGCUCCUCCCAUCAUACUUGUCCAAAGGAAGAGCAGUGACAACUGGGCAACCUCUGGGCCAGGGUUUGCCGUCAGGUUUGCUGAAGGCAAAACCUUGUCCUUGAGAAGCUCUGACUGCAACAAGCCGUUCACUUCCCAAAUCCAGUACAUUAGGAAUGGGGGGAGGUCCCCAAGUUGUGUAAUUGGCUGUUGCGGUUGAGUUCUCCUCCACGUUACCACAACUGUAGCCAGUUAAAGUUUACUCAGGAAAACGGUCGAUCAAUUCAGCCAUGGUAGUGCUGGUUGGCAGGGAUUUGGUAACUCCUGGAGAACUUGCCCACUGGCCAAAACCCAGACCUUGCUUUUAAGGAGAUGGCCAGCCUGGAGGAGGGGCCCCAGUGCCUGGUGGGCGGUAGAAUGCCAGUACUGUUAAGGGUUAAUCUGAGGCUGGCAUGAUUCCCUUCCCCAUUCGAUUCUCAGAGGGGGUUUGUCUUAGGGAUUUGUGGGUGGUGGGGUUCAUUUUCAUUUUUUUUCUAUUUGGUUCCCUGGGGCCUAACAUACUUUGAGGAAUGUCAAUCCCCCAUCAACUCCCAGCUUCAGUCUUUCUCUUGGUUUUGGGAUUUUUUUUUUCUGUUCACAGUAUUUGUGUGUGUGUGCGUGCGCGUGCGCGUGCCUGUGUGUUUUGGCAGCUCGGUCUGGCUGUAUUAUAUAUUGAGUGAUAAAUUAAGCCUCCUUUUUCUCCCUAGGGGAUAUGAGUUGAUGAGUUGUUCUCUCUCUCUCUCUCUCUCUCUCUCUCUCUCUCUCUCUCUCUCUGCCCGCCGCCCCCCCCCCCAUUAUGAUUCUGCUUGUGAAUAGCUGGAGUGAAACCUAGGGCCGAUGGCACAUGUCAGCUAAGGCUGCAGUGUAGAGGUCACUUGCACCCCCCAGCCUGACCUACCUGAGACUCUGGGCUUUUCAGUUCAAAUCAUUGCAAGACUAAAAAUGCCACAGAACUGCCCCUUUUUCCUCUCCCUCCAGCCCCCCAUGGCAGUGACUAAAUCACUCCUCUGUGCAGUUCCCCCUGCCCCCUCCCAUUGCCAUGGCAAAACAGGUACCUUUGGGGCAUAGGGGGCAUCAAAUGGGAUGCUUGUAUAUUUGACCACCUGGCCUUCCUUCCUUGAGCUCCCCACCCCCCAGCCCAUCACUUCCUAGGACGCCAGAGCUGCUCCCCCAGGGUCCUGUUUCCCUGCUAACUCCAGAGAAGCAGCCCAGGGCUUUGUGACAGACUCUAAUCCCCUCACCUCUUGUUAAGUAUCAUAAUGUAUAGUAGCUUUCAGACCAUACAGUAUUCAUUGGGUUACUCCUAUUAUCAAGUAGCUGGAAUUGUGAAGGUCGGAGUAGUUAGAUCUUUAGCUUUUACUCCUUAUUUUUUUGUAUUACUAUCCAUGUGUAUAAAUUAUUGAUCAUGUUGCUGGCUUUUAUAAACUCUUCGCAAGGGAGGGGCACUGCCUUGGCCUUUGCAAAUGGUAAUGAAGCACUGUUUUUAAAUAAAAGAGAGAAACACCAA